AUGAGCGCCGUGUCACGCAAGUCUCGAAUGGCCACCAGUGUGGCCAGAGUCAUGUACACCAAUGCAGUCUAUUUCCCUAGCAGCAGAAUAUACCAAGGUGAUUCGCCCGGAAUGCUCAAUUACGGCUGCAUCAACCACGUGUAUUAUGCUUAUGCCAGUGUGACUGCGGACGGCAGUGUGUUUCUUGGCGAUGAGUGGGCCGAUGCAAGAGCGCCAGUGGAUGGCGUUCAGGGUGGCUUGGGAUCCUUGAUGCAUCUCAAGCAGAGGCACCCUCACCUGCAGGUCGUCUUAUCUAUUGGUGGCAGCACUGCGUCCGAGGUAUUCCCCGUUGUUGCGUCCAGCACUCUGCUCAGGGACAACUUUGCCAGGUCUUGCCUUGGCCUUGUUGAAGCUUCCGGCCUUGAUGGUAUUGAUAUUGCUUGGGAGUUCCCGUCCGAGGCCAAACAUGGCCACGACUUCCUGGCCCUAUUGGCAGCAGUCCGGAUUCACCUUCCUGAUGACCGCUUCAUCUUAACAGCUGUCCUCCCUGCGGCGAAGGAGGUGCUCGACCUCAUCGAUCUAAAGACGGCAGCCGAGUACCUUGACUACAUCAAUCUGGUGGCAUAUGAUUUCUUCGGCACAUGGACAUCCAAGAGCGGUCACCACGCACAAUUAUAUACCAUGAAUAAGGACGAGCCGUCGGCAUCGUCCGGCGUGGCACAUCUGAUGGCACAAGGAUUCCCUCCAAAGAGCAUUCUGCUCGGCAUCCCUACGUACGGACGAAGCUUUCUAAAGGCAAACGGACCUGGACAAGAUUUCAACGGCGUAGGCGGCCAAGAGGGCACCUUCGAGUACAGCGAGCUGCCACGGAAGGGAUGCAAAGAGAUUGUGGAUAGGCGCUAUAUUGCGGCCCAAUGCGUUGGUGGCGAUGGGGGCUUUGUCACCUACGACAACCCCGAGACGGUCAAGGUCAAGGCGGAAUUUUGCAAGCAAAAGGGAUUAGGGGGGCUCUUUUACUGGAACGGACCGGCGGAUUCUCGAGAUCAAGCAAGAAGCCUGAUCGCGGCGGGUUUCCGCGCUCUGCAUACCUCUUGA